AUGCAGCAAGCCAGCCUAUCCAAUGUCUUGAAGCCCGCGCUUUCCAGCUCCCAGGAAUGCAUCGUUCCUCUUUCCCCUGAUAUUUGCUUCGGCUCGGUAACCAUGGGUGGCUACAUGCCCUGCCUUGCAGCCCAGUAUGCCUCGCACUAUGCAUCCCAGCGUCCUGGCCUAGAAUCCCAAGCUAGUCUGCGGUCAAUGAAUGCCCAGUACUAUCGACCUUUGUUUCCUGCCAGAGGCCCGGUUCGCAUGGCCCUCCGCGAGAUCAGCGUUGGAAAGGCCUGGUCGACCCUAAGAGUGGAGGUGUUUCAGCCAACAAAGUGUACCGAGAUGGCCAUCUCCGUUGACAUGCUGUACUUGGAAACUCACACCGACCCCGGCUGGAUAUGCUAUCACACGUCAUUCAAACCGAACGGGUUCCGACGAGCCCAUUCCUAUCUGAAACAUUUUAUCCCUGUCGACUGGUUCCCCGAGACCCCAUUCAUUGAGCAGUGGGUAACCCCCGGCUGGGACUGUGCGCCGUCCGGCUCAUCUCUACACUCCAAAGAGAGUUCAAAUGAUGACGGGAUGGAGAACGACCCCCGAGCUCGUUGGACCACCGAUAUGAUCCCCUUCAUAAUGGACGCGAGCCUACCUCCCGAAUGCAAUUUCCUGCCCAGCAAACAUGACCUACAGUUAGUCAGUAUGACUGCGUUUCUACGGUAUGCCGCCGCCCAAAAGAAAGCACGGGAGCGAGGCGAGCCAAAUUGGAGGGACGUGCCGAACGAUGGCUCGGAAGGCUUUGAUGCGUCGAUAGUCAACGUGGCCCUGGCGAUGUCCAUCGACAUUCGGCAGGAGUUGCCGGCUGAAGGCGUCCGGUGGCUUUAUUUGAGGAAUGAGGUCAAGUGUAUCCGGAAUGGGGGGGUCCACGUGGAGGCAACUCUGUUUGAUGAGAAGAUGAGGCUGGUGGCCGUCAGUCAUCAGACCGGACAAUUUGUGUCAGCUGGGAAAAAGAGAAUGAAGAAGACGGAGAGCCGGUUGUAA